AUUAUGGGCAAUAGGUGGCGCUCUUCACGGCCGACAUUCCCGGUCCCCGGAAGUACCGUACGGAAGUAUGCACUUGCUCGCAAGCUCCGGGAGGAAGCCCUGUUUGUCGAUAUCAUCCAGGAGACAAACAUGGUACAUCGCCAAAUGAAGUUUACAAUCAUGGACAAAUUCUCAUUUUGACAAUCAACAACAUGAGUGAAUAAGCAGGAGAAUCUGCAGGAGGGAUGAACUCUCGAUAUAAUUCCAUCCACAGAAAUGGCAUCAAUUUCUCUCCAAGUACCGGUACUGUUUUAUGCACUUAUCUCUAUUGCUUUCAACAAAUCGUUAGCGAUGAGUUCUGGUGAGAUAGUCGGUGCUUUUGUUCUACCUCACGGGGGAAUUGCUUUUGACCCUAGUCACUUUAACACCAGCAACCAAACAGCAAGGCAAGAGGCGUGGCUCAUCCAUGAUGCAGCCCAAGCGGUGGGCGAAAUCAUCUCAAGCCUGAAACCAGACUUGAUUCUUCUCAGCACGCCCCACGGAAUCGCCGAUCUGGAAAAAUUCCAGUUUUACCUGAACCCCAAGGGUCGUGGAUCUGCAGACACGGAUAAUUACGUCGGCCCGUAUAGACUAGCUGUUGAUUUGGACAGUAUUUCGAGCCAGGAUCUUGUUCGAGAGCUGGGCAAGUUGGGAGAGCACGUCAGUGGGCUGAGUGCCUUUGGCCCACCUGGUGGUGCAGCUGAUCCUUUUCCACUCAGAUGGGGUGAAGUGAUCCCACUCUCCUUUGUCCGGAGCCUAGAGACAAUGAAAGUAGCUGUCAUCUCUCAGCCUAGCCGACGCUACAAUGACAGUGUCCAGAUGAUUCCAGAAUUACUGCAUCUUGGAGCAGUACUUCAUGAUCAGCUCCUCUUGUUACAAAAACGCAUUGUAGUCCUCAUCAGUGCUGAUCUCGCCCAUACGCAUGAUAAAAAUGGUCCGUAUGGAUAUUCAACAGCUGCUGAGCCGUUUGACCAAGCCUGCAGUUUAUGGGCCUCCACCUUAGAUGAAGCUGCGCUGGUGUCUACAGCUGCCCAGUAUGUCAACAAGGCCCUGUCCUGUGGGUACACAGGACUUGUCAUGCUGCAUGGAUUGAUGAAAGAGGCAUCGCUAGAUAACUGGAUGCCCAAAGUUUAUGGAAACUAUCAUCCCAGCUACUAUGGAAUGAUGGUGGCCUCAUUUCUAAGAAAAUAAUAUUACUGUUGAAACUGGGAAAGGAACAAGUUAGGAAGUUUUUUUGCAUUUAUCAAAUUAACCUUGUUACUGAAAUACGUCUUUUUAUUUAGUUUUUUGUAGUGAUUUGUAAUUACAGUCCAGCACUAUUAAUACGAGCUCCAGCAGACCAAAAAACCCAAAAGCCUUGUAAUAUCCAGUACCUCAUAUUAUGCAUAGCGAUGACAUGCCCAUUCAUCCAUGACGCCCCAACUGGGCGCCUUGCACGUGUGAGUGGUUUCUGUUGAAAAUGUACACAAACUGUGGAUGCAGGAACAAAGUUUUUUCAAUAGGGUAUACCAUAAGGCCAAAAAAAAAAA